UCAGCGAAGAGUCGUUACCAUCACCGGGUGAACACCAGCAACGUUGAAGUGAUUCAGUGCAGCUGUGCUAAAAUCAACCGGAGUUUGAAGUUUGUGACGUGCGAUAAAAAUCUUAGCCGUCGAACACAAUGGAGAGCAAGAGUCCUCCCUACCCGCACGAACCCGGAUUUAUAACGGUUGCCCCGGGGCAACAGGAACAGCCACAGCCAACCACAGCCGGUUACCCCCACAUGCCACCCCAGCAGCAGAGCUAUCCACAUCCACCGCCACCGCCGCCGUACGACGCAAAUGCCAAUAUGCUCCCGCAAAACUAUGGACAGCCGACUUACGUGCACACGAUAGUGACCGCCCCGCAGGUCGGGCCCGAUCCGGCAUCCAUCAGCUGUCCUUCGUGCCAGAAGCAUGUUAUCACCCGGCUGGAUUACGAGACUUCCACCAAGACGCACAUAAUGGCCGGGCUGCUCUGCCUUUUCAUAUGCUGGCCCUGCUUUUGGAUUCCAUAUGUUAUCGAUUCGUGCAAAAAUGCCAACCACUACUGUCCGAACUGCGGAGCCUAUAUUGGAACCUAUCGAGGAUAAAUACAUAGCUACUGCCUGCUUUUUUACGCUGCGAACGCGAAGUCGUUAAUCAAUAUUCAACAUCAACAGUCUUUCUUUCAUCGACUCGGGUGAUUCUCCGGGAACUACUCUACAAACUAGGAUAUGAUGUUGAUGAUGCUGUGAAGCAUACAGAAAUCACAUUCAAAUUGCUCAAUGCCACCUAAAUGCUAUCGAGCACCAUUACAACGAACCGCGUACUAAAGAAAGUCGUGAGAAUUUCUUUUAGAUUACUCUUUGAGUUCAUUUGAUUGAUGGUGUUCCUACUAAUAGAUAGUAAAGAAAUUCUAAACAAAACGAAAAACCGCAUCCUAUCGUUGAAACCUAAGUAUGUGAAAAAUGAGUAUACAUAAUAUAAACAUUAAACACAAAUGUAUUAUUUUAAUUAUAAAAUAGUGACAAUUUUGUUAACGUUGUGGGAGCAAAAUUAUUAAAAUUCCAAACUGUUGUCACAAAACAUUCCUAGGGUAAAGCUAGCAUUCAGUAUGAAUAAGAGCAUCUAUAUUACCUACUUACUUAAAACAUGUAUCUACAAGUUGCAUUCCAUAGCGGAGAACUGAAGUUAUUAAGUUAGUGUAUUAUGUAUACCUGCGUUAUAGAAUUCUAUUAGACGAAAUAA